AUGACCAUCUCCGGGCCUUGCACCUUACAGACCACAAGCGACCCCGACUGGACUACGGGCAAUUUCACGGUUGUGACGAGCGACAACGUCUCCUUCAAGAUCCACGAUUACCAGCUCUUUGCCACCAGUGCCCAAUUCGCCACCGCGAAGAGCAUGGCAGAGGCUGGGGCCUCUGUCCACGACAACAUCAUCCACUUUGACGACACGAUUCUCGAGACUGCCGAGGUGUUUCGUAUCUUCCUCAAGUUCGCAACAACCCUCCUCCCUCCCAUGGAUCUUCCUGUCCCCUCUCUUGGGUCCCUUCUUCUCUUCCUCCGCAAGUGGGACUGCGAUGCCCUCGAGGCGCUAAUGGUCCGCACAUUUCAUCAUGGGCUUCUCUUUGGCGACCUCCGGCCUUUCCACGUCUUCCGCGUCGGCGUACGGGUGGACGACAUCAAGAUCUGCAAGUUGGCGCUAACGGAGAAGAUGAGAGCGCGGAUACAGCACAAGGAUCGUAUCGAGGACAACCUUGUACCGAAAGACUGGCCCCCAUCCCUCUGGAAGCUGUUUGAUAGCGCCUACAUCUACGCCCUUACCAAGUCGGCGUAUGCUAGCUCGAGGCCCGAGGAGUUUGAGGGGUAUUAUUUGGACUACAUGAAGUGUGAGGAGUAG